ACAGAGCUUUUUUGAUAAAAUAAUUUGGCCGAAAGAUUGACUCCAAGUCAAUCAAAACAAAUUAAAUUUUUAUGAACGCCCGUGCCAUUCUUUUUAUAAAGGAGUGAAGAAAAUUGAAACCAUGUCAAUCAAAUACAUUAUCUUUUGUUGUAUCUUGCACACAUUUCUGCAGAAUCAGAGCUUCAAACAUGAACACCAUAGAUAACCCCAUAGAUAACUCUGACCGAUUGAAAGCUGCAGCUCUAACAGGUGAUAUAGAUCUCCUCUACACAGUAAUUCAAGAUGAUCCAUCCAUUUUGGAGCAUAUAGAUUUAAUAACUUUUGUUGAAACUCCUUUACAUACUGCUGCAUCUAUGGGUCAUCUCCGGUUUGCCACUGAAGUUAUGAAUUUAAAACCUUCAUUUGCUUGGAAGCUAGAUCUGCAAGGAUUCAGCCCCAUCCAUCUCGCUUUGCAAAACAACCAAAAACCUAUGGUGUAUCGCUUUGUGGACAUCAAUAAAGACCUUGUUAGAGUUAAAGGAAGAGAAGGCUUAACUCCUCUUCAUUUCGCAAGUCAAAAUGGUGAGGUUGAUCUUUUAGUUUGCUUUCUCUUAUUGUGUCCGGAAUCCAUUGAAUACUUGACUGUAAGGCAGGAGACUGCACUGCAUAUUGCUGUUAAGAAUGAACAGUUUGAGGCACUUCAAGUACUUGUUGGCUGGCUCAAAGAAAAUUGUAAGAGAGGUGCUGAAAACCUAGAAAAUAAUAUAUUAAACCAAAGGGAUGAGGACGGCAACACCAUUUUGCAUAUUUCAGCCCUAAGUAGUGAGCUGCAGGCACUUCAAUUGUUGGUAAGUACUGGUAUAAAUUUGAAGGAAAAGAAUUUGGAGAACAAAACAGCAUUAGACAUAACAAGCACCCCAGAGAUGAAGAGUAUAUUAUUAAGUGUUGGAGCAAAACAUAGCAUAGAAGUCGCUGAUGCUCCCACACGUGCACAUAGGUUGAGGUUAAUGGCCACAACCAAAACUAUGAGUAAUAAAUUGGUAUCUGAGAUAACUCGCACUAGAAGUGACAUGACAGAAGAGCAACGCAACAUUUGGUUGAUAGUCGCCACUCUUAUUGCAACUGCCAUGUACCAAUCAGUUUUGAGUCCCCCUGGUGGAGUUUAUCAGAUUAGUGCUGGUGACAAUAAUUUGAACAUCACUUCCUCCAAUUCUACUAUUUCCACCCCAAAAAAUGUUGGAAGAUCUGUCUUGUCAGGAUAUCUUUUCUCCCAAUUUUCAAUUUGCAAUCUGUUUUCCUUUCUCUCAUCAGCUAUAACAAUAAUUAUUAUGGCCUCAAGUAGUACGCAAUCCGGUAUAUUUGUGUACACUCUGAUGAGUUCGUUUUUGCCUUGUUACCUGAUUUGUAUGCUUCAGAUAUCCCCUACAGAUGUCAACACCGUUAUUUUUGGAACCCCUUUGCUUUUAUUUUUAUUUGGUUUGUCGGUUUGUAUGAUGCGAAGUUUGUGGGUCAGAGGUAGAUGGUGAAAUCACUAAUUAGAACCACAACUCAAACCAGUUCUGCGGACCGAAUUCAAAGACAACAAUAUAUCCACAUCAAUUUGCAAAAUUUUCAUUUCCAUUGUUAUUGUUAUCAUUUGUUUUUGUUCAAUUUUAGGAAAUUGUGACUGAGUGUAUUAAAUAUGUUAAUCAUAU